AUGAAGAAAUUUAUGGAUGCUGAAGAAGAAAACCAAGGAGAUUUCUCGGAGUAUACAUGCGACUGCGAAAGGUCUAAAUUACUUUCCUGUCAUGAAGAACAUAACAGGUUUGUUGAUGCUAAAAAUAAGGGCAAUUCAAGAAGGCCCAUUAAGGAUAUAAGCAAUUUAAGAUACCAGAGAUUAAGGUUAUCGAACGAGAAACCCAAAAAAUUACUCCUAUUGGAGACUUCCACAAAGAAAAAUAAUCAUAUCUUUGCCAGUGUGGAUAAUAAUAUUCAGAAACGUGAAGAAUUAUUGACCGGUUUUUUUAGCAAGAAUGGAAGCAAUCAAAAAGAGAAUAAAAAUGAAAUGGGAGUGGCAUUCAAACCAAUUGAAAAUGGAAAUUCGAAUUCUCCCAUAAGGAUGUCUUCUUUGAUGGCAUCAUGGAAACAACAAGAGUUGAAAAAUAAAAACUUCAAAACUGCUGAAGAAAGUGAAGAAUACCAUCAGGUAAAGUUUCAAUGGCCUAAAGGAGAGAGUGCAAACUAUGGAAAAACACAUGAAAAUCAGGCCAUUAAAGGAAUUAAAAGUAGCCAAUAUUCGAAUUGUCAACAGGAUGAUGGAUUCCGUAAAAUAAAAGGGCCAGAAAACACAAGAAGUUCCACCAAAAAUAUAAACAAUCAAAGCAACCUAUUUACAUUUUCAAAAAGAGAUGAACUGCACGGAAGUGUGAAUCUUGAGGAGGUUCUGAAAGACCGCUAUCCCAAUUGCUUAUGGUAUAAAUCAUCCUCGAACCGAUCACAGCGUUAG